GGCAUUGGGAAGAUUUUGCUUCCUUAGAAGGAAGGGUGACCUCUGUCUUCCCUCUGGAAGGUUCAGGAACAGAGUCGCCUGCGUCAACUGCUACACCGAGGGCCACUCCCUCCCCGCCAUCCCCAGGACCGGAGACCCCUCCAGCAAGAGUGCCAUCUGCUGCUUCCUCCCAGGUGUGGGCUGCAGGACCAGCUGCCCAGGAAUGGCUUUCUUGGGACCUCCCACACCAGCCUUCUGAUGCGCUGGCCAAGAAGGGACUUGGACCGUUGCUGCAAACAGCCAAACCGGCGAGGAGAGGCCAGACAUCUGCCUCCAUUUUCCCCAGAGUGAUGCAAGCUCAGCGAGGUCUCCAGGCUCCCCCAGGGGAAGUGGGGUUCCCUGGACACCCCACGCCUCCUGUCACGCUCCCCUCGGAGCCUGUAGAGGGUGUCCAGGCUAGUCCCUGGCGGCCACGUCCAGUCUUGCCAGUGCACCCGACUCUGACCCUGCCUGUGUCCUCAGACGCCUCCUCUCCUCCACCGCCAGCCCUGAGGCCUGAACAGUCUGAAUCGCUCCUGGUCUCGGGACCAUCUGUCACCCUGACUGAAGGUCUAGGAACUGUGAGGCCUGAGCAGGACCCUGCCCAGUCUCCAGGAAGUCCCCUCCUGCUGAGAGGGCUGUCAAGGGGGGAUACGGCUGCACCUGAGCCCGUCUUGGGGGAGCCCGGCCAAGCCAGCGAGGAGCUCCAGCCACUGACGAGGCCCUGGCGGGCCAGGCUGGUGGCAGAGGCACUGGUUUCUCGCCAUUCUCCCCGAGAGUCCCAGGAAACAUCCUCUGGAAUAGAGGUGGAGAGGCCGAGCCAGACUGGGCCUGGUUUCCCCAGGGAGGGGGCCAGGGGACGCGUGGACCUUUCAUCCUCAGAGCCAAGCCAGGACAUGGAGGGGCCGGGACUCUCCACCCUGCUGGGGAGGGAUGCCACAUUCUCCACCCCAAGCGUGAGGCAGCCAGACCCCAGUGCCUGUGCCAGGGCCUCAGGACCCGAACUCACCGGGAUGCCCAGGGUGAGGCCGGCAGCGCCCUUGGCAGUUCUUCCUAUGGAACCUCUGCCAGCAGAACUCAUUCGCCCGGCAGCUCUUCUGACACCCAAAACCUCAUCUGUAGGAGGGUCAGACCAGGCCCUAUACCUGGAGUGUACCCCUGGCUCUGUGGGCCAGGAGGAAUCGGGGGCUGCACAUGCAUCCAACCCUCUGUCCACGCAAACCCUGAGCCCGUGGGCUCCCACGGGACAGUCGCUACCCAGCCUGGUGGAGCUCGAACACCCCUUCCCGGCUGGCCGGGGGGCCUCACCCCAGCAGGAGCUGACAGGGCCCACCUUGGCCCCCAGUGCUGAAAGCCACAGGCCUCCUGAGCUUCAGGACAGUGUGGAGGGGCUUCCUGAGAGGCCCCUCGCCGAGUCUCCGUGGUGACUCCAGGGGCAGCAGCUGGUACCCUGCUGGCUAGGACGGCCCCGGUGGCCCUCAGUGACCCAGUUGCCCCCAGGCUCCCUGGCUUCGAUGCCCAUCUGUGGCUGGGGACAGUGUUCUGGCCGGAAGAGCACUCACUCGGUGCUUCCCUGGGAGGGUGGCCCCCAGACGCCCACCUCCAGGCCGACCCAUCACUGGAAGUGGGAUUUGAAAUGCAGCCAAGAAGAGGAGACCGUCGGCAACGCCCGCCCGGAACAAGAAAUAAAUAAAUAAGUAAUCAGG